CAAGAUGGGAGCGGACAAGCCCAACGGGGUGGUCAACUACUGCCGAAGACCUCCUCAGAGGCCCUUCCUCCAGAGGAUCCAGUACGCGAUCUGGAACCCUGAGGAGAGAACCUUUCUCGGACGAACAGGGAAGAGAUGGGGUGUGAUCGGACUGAUCUACUUGGUGAUGUACAUCUGCAUCAUCAUCUUCUUCUCCAUCUGCAUGUGCGGGCUGCUGUCGGCCAUGGACGAGCGGAUUCCCUACUUCACGUUGGCUGACUCCAUUAUUGGGGACAACCCAGGAAUGGGCCACAGACCGAUAAUAUUCGAAGAGGGCGCCUUGAUAUGGUACAAAGCAGAUAAUGCCACACAAAUCAAGAAAUAUGUGGACAACCUUAAUGAGUUCUUAGCACCAUAUGAGAACAAAACCCAGCUGAUCAACAAGGGAGUCAACCAGCGUGACUGCGGCGACUCCAAGCCUCCCCGGAACGAAGUGUGCUCCUUCGACAUCUCUCAGUUCGGAGAUUGUUCCAAGGAGAACAACUACGGGUUCUACAAUAAAACACCCUGUAUUGUUAUAAAACUUAACAGGAUUUUCGACUGGAACCCCAUCUACUACGACGAUCCCGCAGCUCUGCCCCCUGACAUGCCUCCCGACAUCGUAAAUUACAUAAACUCAACAACAAGUAUACAAGAACGUCGCAAAGUAUGGGUGUCCUGCAUGGGUGAGAGGCCUGCUGAUGUGGACGCGCUAGGCCCCCUGAAGUACUGGCCGUACCCCGGCCUGCCGGAGAUCUACUUCCCCUACGACAACACGCCGGGCUAUCUGAGCCCCCUGGUGGCUGUGCAAUUGCUUAAGCCUAAAUUAAACCAAAUCAUCAACAUCCGCUGCCGAGCGUGGGCCAAGAACAUUAGAUACACGGACAGCCUGAAGGACCGCCUCGCUUCCACUCAUCUUGAGAUUAUGAUCGACUGAACAUAUCCAUCAUUAUUCAUUUAUUAAUGUGCGUAGUAUGUAGUGUAUAAGAGGAUGUAAUGCUUAAAUGUAGGAAAAAUGUUGCGAAAUGCUUGACUAAUAGACACCAAUGAGAUAAAUAAAACAGUUUUGUAAAAUUGCUUAAAAUAUGAAGAAAUAUUUGAAACGAAAAUAUCAAUAAUAAUAAAUGCGCACAGUAGUGUAAAGUGCAUAAACAUUAAUAGAAUUAAUGAGGAAUCAUAAAAAUCGAUGUUGAAAUUUGUAUUUGUUAUUUUAGGUUAUGUCAGUUAUAAUAAAUGGAUGGAGUGCU